UCGCCCAGGCCGGAGCCACCGUCCGACGGGCCGACUAUGACGACCCCAACACGCUAACGGGCGCCUUUGAUGGCGUUGACGUCUUGAUGUUGAUCUCGUAUGCCUCGUUCGAGAUCGAGUAUCGGGUCGAGGUAGGUAGCAGGGACACCCAUCGCUCGCAUCAAUUGCACCAGUUAACCCAGACAGGCACACCAACGCGCCAUCGAUGCCGCCCGCAACAGCGGGGUGAAGCACAUCUUCUAUUCGUCUCUGGGCUUCGCGGGGGAUUUAGGCCAGACUAGCGUGGCGCACGUGAUGGGAGCGCAUCUGCGGACCGAAGAGUAUCUGGGCCGACUGCCGGACAUCAGCUACACCGCUAUCCGGGAGGGUCUGUACUCCGAGUCCUACCCGAUCUACACCAGCUGGUUCGAUAUCCACAACCCCGCAGACGAGAUCGCGAUCCCUCAUUCCGGGGACGGGCCCGGCGUGGCAUGGGUGAAACGUGACGAGCUGGGCGAGGCCACGGCCAAGCUGGUCGCGGACUAUGCCAAGCAUUUGGAGGGGUUCCCCUACCUGAACCGCGUGCUGCUGUUCUCAGGCCCACGUGAGGUCUCGUUGAAGGAGACGGUCGAAAUUCUCGGUCAGGCGGUUGGAAAGCCUCUUCGCAUUCGAGAGAUCUCGGUCGACGAGUACGUGGCCUUGCCGCAACAUGGGACAAAACACACCUACCACGGAAUUGACUUGUCGCGAGCGUGGGCGUCUGCGUGGGAUGCUAUCCGUCUCGGUGAGACAGCGGUGGUGUCGCCGCUCCUGAGGGAAAUUCUGGGACGAGAACCGGAAAGCUUUGAAACAACAGUUAAUGCUUUGGCCGUGAGCAAAUAGGUAGCUUACCAUGAUUCACCUGUCAAUAAAACGUCCCGCCUGGUCGCGGGGUACCCUGUGAGGUCACUCGCCUACGUCGUAGAUCUGGAAGCGGGGUGACGGUUCGCCAUCUGCCGACUUCGAGGUGGUCGGCAUUCAUCCCUGACCAGAGGAUAAAUUCCGAUACACACUUUAGCAGCGGGAUGGGCAUCGGGAAGCUGGCCAC